GUCCAAUUUGUGGCGGUUUUAUUUUUAUUUUUUUUAAUUUACGAGGCGCUAAUCUUUCCGGACGUCACGGGAGAUGGCGUCACUUUCUGUCAGCAGCGGCUAACGCUCAGCUCGCGCGAGGCUAGCGUCGGUCUUGUCUUGGUGGCCAAAUUUUGUGUUAAGCUCGCGAACGCUCAGUGGCUGACGAGAAAUGUUAGUACUGCGCCCCAGGCAUAAUUAGCGAGAAUAAUACGGGGGUGGGAACAAUUACAUGGAGUGGUUUAAGGGCUACUCAAGCAAGCGUGAGCUAGCAUCGUCGUAUUCCCGCUGUGGCCCACUUCCGCAAAUGGGAGGGCGAGUGCUUCAAUGUGGCGCUUCGGUUCUGACUCCUUUACGCGUGUCUGAAGUCGCCUGAGCUGACAACUUGGCUCCCUUUCUUACCCUUCCUCCGCUUACCGUCGAGCAAAAUGGCAGCGGCAGCCCCCAACCCGGAAGACUCGGCCCGGGGUAGCAGCGCGAGUAAUGGCAGCGGUGGCGGGAGCGGCGGCGUUUGCGGCACCCCGAGCUCCCUGGCCGCGGACGGCGACGCGGAAGAGGCCGAGGACUUCGCGUCGUCCUCCCACUGCUCGGAGCUCUCGCGGCGGCAGAACGAGCAGCGCAAGCAAGGCCUGUUCUGCGACGUCACGCUCGCCUUCAGCAGCGGGGCAGCGGCCGGGGGCGUCCAGACGUGCGAGUUCGCGGCCCACCGCUCGGUGCUGGCAGCCGCCACGGACUACUUCACGCCGCUGCUGGGCGGACAGUUCUCCGAGUCGCUUUCCGGCCGCGUUGACAUGAAGGAAUGGAGCUCGGAGACGGGACCCGAUCCCGAGACGGUGGAGAGCGUCAUUCAGUACAUGUACACCGGGGAAAUUCGCGUCAGCACCUGCAACGUGCAUGAAGUCCUGGAGCUUGCUGACAGGUUCCUACUAGUGCAGCUGAAAGACUUUUGCGGUGAGUUUCUGAAGAAGAAGCUGAGCCUGACCAACUGCGUGGCGGUGCACAGCCUGGCGCACAUGUACACGCUGGACCAGCUGGCCCUGCGGGCGGCCGACAUGAUCCGCCGCAACUUCCACAAGGUGAUCCAGGACGAAGAGUUCUACACCCUGCCCUUCCACCUGGUGCGCAACUGGCUGUCGGACGCCGAGAUCACGGUGGACUCCGAGGAGGUGCUCUUCGAGGCCGUGGUCAAGUGGGUGCAGAAGUUCCCAGAGGAGCGCGGGGGCUACUUCGAAGAGCUCUUCCGGCUUCUCAGGUUGCCCCAGAUCAAGCCCACCUACCUGACGCGGGUGGUGAAGAACGAGCGGAUGGUGGCGGCCAACGAGGUGUGCAUGCGCCUGGUGUCGGAGGCGGUGGAGGGUUACGCCAUCCGCUUCGAGAACUUUAAGCUGGCCGACCUGGAGCUGUGGUCCUCGUACGUGGUGUCUUUCCAGCCGCGCUUCGGCCAGAACAUGGACGUCAUCAUGGUGGUGGGCGGCGUGUCGGAGGGCGGGGACUACCUGAGCGAGUGCGUGGGCUACUUCAUCUACGAGGACCGCUGGGUCAACCUGCCGCACAUCCACAACCACCUGGACGGCCACGCCAUCGCCGCCACCGACUCGCACGUCUACGUGGCCGGCUCCAUGGAGCCGGGCUUCGCCAAGACGGUGGAGCGCUACAACCCCAACUGCAACACGUGGGAGCAAGUGAGCAACCUGACCACGCGCAAGCACUCCUUCGGCCUCACCUGCAUCAAGGACAUCCUGUACAGCAUCGGCGGCCACGGCAACUUCAGCCCGGGCUUCAAGGACGUCAGCGUGUACGAGCCCGAGCAAGACAAGUGGCACAACCUGGAGUCGGCGCCCAAGAUCCUGCGCGACGUGAAGGCGGUGAGCGUGGAGGACCGCUACGUGUACGUGACGGCGCGCACGCCCGUCGACACGGACAAAGACGACGGGCUGAAGACCGUGACCACCCGCUACGACACGGACACCCACCAGUGGCAGGACGUGGACUCGCUGCCGCUCAUCGACAACUACUGCGUCUUCCAGAUGGCCGUGGCCGCCACCAACUUCUACCACACGGCCUCCUGCUGCCCCAAGAGCUACGGCGUGCGGGACGAGGUGGCCCGGCAGAAGAUCAGCGCCCGCGUUCCCGACGAGAUCCUGGAGAGCCUGCCGCCCGAGGUGACCAGCAUCGAGGGCGCCGCCAUCUGCCACUUCGACGACGACGUCUUCAUCAUCGGCGGCUGGAAGAAUAGCGACGACGUGGACAAGCAGUAUCGCAAGGAGGCGUACCGCUACUGCGCCGAGCGCAGGCGCUGGAUGCUGCUGCCGCCCAUGCCGCAGCCGCGGUGCCGCGCCACCGCCUGCCACGUGCGCGUGCCCUACCGCUUCCUGUACGGCUGCCAGCGCUACCCCAUGCCCCAGAACCUGGCGCGCCAGCGGGACCGCAUGCAGCAGAUGCAGCAGCUGCACCGCCGCACGCUCACCCUGCGCCGGCAGCUGCAGUCACAGAUCGAGUGCUGAGCUCCCGACCGCAUUUCCACGAGUUGGUUUGCAUUCCGUUGAGUAUGUUUAGCAACGCGUGAAAAGGAUAAAAAAUUGCAUUUCAGAACUGUAACACAGAAGUGACUCAUUCCAACCGCUUUUCCACCAAACGGUACGUUCGGAUCGGUCUUACAUCUGCUCCGCGUUUCCGUUUUUUAAAUGGCUCGUAUUGCGUUCCAUUGAUUUAUUUUAUCCGUUUGUGGAUGGGGGGGAGGACGACCGAUAGGACCAAACGAGAUGAUACACAAGCAUAUUGCAUUCCAUUAUGAGACAGAUCUGACAUUUUCAUACAGUUCAUAAUUGUUCAGAACUGUCCAAAAAAAAAAUUAGCAGCUCAGAUUUUUUUUUUUUUUUCUUUGCAACAGGAAAAAAAGUACACUUUUAAAGUGAAAAUAAAAUUCACCAAGUAAACUUCAUUGUGAAGUAUAGUACCAUGAAAUAUGAAUUGAUGUGUAAACCACAAUACUGGAAAAAAUAGGCCAAUGAAAGGAAAAGUUUCUUUUUUUUUUUUCUCACUGGAAACGCUAAAACCGGACCGAGGCGUACCGUGCGGUGGAAAAUGCGGCUUUAUUAAUAUUCUGCUUCUGAAGUCUUGUGAACUCAUCCGCAUGGAAGAAUCUCUAUCCUCAAAUAUCCAGCCGGGGACCGCACCACCCGUUAAUCCAUUUCAUUCAUUGGUAACAAUGCUGCAGUGGUCCAACGCCGCGUUCCGACUGAACUGAACGUCGUGGCGUGGGCCACUUUUUUUUGGGAAGCCAUGAAUUGUACGUUUGUGUGUGCACGCGCGGUUGUGAAGGGACGCACAGAACGGCAACGAUGAAAUAAUAUCCUGAAGAGAUGUUUAUGUGUCUGUAUAUAAAUAACAUAAAGCUGUUUAUAUAGAUAUAUAUUUGACAACGCUCCGUAGCUUUGUUCCAUUUGUAAACACUGUGACAAUCUCUGUUCAUGCAAGUGUCAACUCUUCGAGUGCCAUAAACGCCUCUCCGCAGCCUCCGCGAUAGCAAACGCGCUAACGAGACAUCCUUCAUUCCCCAGAUGGGAUUAAUUCAGCGACGGUGUAUUUAUUUUUCCUCAAAAGAUGCAAUGAAGGCAUUCCAGUUAUCUUUUUUUUUUUGUCUUACCAAGCCAAAAGAGCACUUUUGUUCCCAUCGUUUGUUGAGUCUUAAGGGGUUUUAAGUUGCCCGGUGCACUUUGUUUUGAUUUCUGAAAUAUGGUUCCAGUUGAAAUAAAAUACACCAAAUUCAAAUUUUUUGUUGCUUUGCUGAUUUUUCUGAACAAAAAAAGUGGUUUGGAAGAGACUUUGUAGGGGGGGAUAAUUUUAAUUGUGCGCUGCUCAUAUGACAAGCUCUCGGAAACGCAAUAAAUAAUUGCUUUCUGAUAUGUGCAAUAAGUGUGACUUCCCAGCGUGAUGAUUAUUGUGCCCUCCCCAUAAAAAUGCUACAUUAAAUGUUAUAUUACCA